AUGUCUCGCAACUUCCACCCCGUCAACACCAACUCCCCCUCCACCACUACUCUCACCGCAGACCCCGACACCAUUCCCUCCCCUGAAGACAACAGAAAUAAUUAUACCAGUACCCAGUCCUAUUUCUGUCGCCAAGACGUGUCCACCAAUCCCACCUUCAACAGCAACGAUCAAGCCCUCCUGGAUAACUGCUCCAACAUUGACGUCUCACAGCUCGUCACUGAAGCAAACUGCUUCUGGGGCGGUCGUUCAGCGACGCUCCCCAAGAAUGAGGGAUAUCCAUCAGUUGAAGAAUACCCAUCCACAUACCUGAUGGGUAAUCAUGGCCAUAGUUAUGCUGAUGAAAACAUGCACGAGACAUCCGCGUCAUACGGUCCGUGCGACCAUCUCCAGGUGGCCGGGGCUGGAAUGGACAUGGAAAUGAGAAUGACUGGAAACGAAAUGGGGAAAGUGGAUGAAACGUAUGAGGCCAACCAAGCAGCCAUGCUUGCUGCGCUGGGCAUGACUCACCUCGACGAGGCAGUAUCUCAUGCAGCGGACGACGACGCAAAGACUUCGUCGUCUGUUACAGUUGACGAUGAUCCCGAGUGGAAGGAGUGGAAGAAGUGGAAGGAGGGGGAGGCGAACGGGGGAGUUAGAUUACCUUCAGAAGAGAGGAUGGACCAAGCAGAUGUUGCUGCUUGGAUGGAUAUGGGCUGUGGGGAGGGUAAGGAGAGAGAGGCAAACGAGGGAGUUAUGUUACCCUCGAGAGAGAAGAUGAACCAAGCAGGUGUUGCUGCUUGGUUGGGUAUGGACUCUAAUGAGGAACAUGGUGUCUUCCAAACCCAAGAGGAAGAUGAUUAUGACGAAGAUGAGACCAUAUCUUACAUAUCCGACGAUGACAUGAUGGAGAUGGAAGAAGGGAUGGAAGAUGAAGAGGCUGUCGUCAACGUGGUCGAGGGCCCUUCAAGACAGGUCCUUAUCAGUUCGCAGACAGGAGCUCAUGCUGAGUAUGAUACAGCCAGCUUUGGGUGUGACUUCGAAGAGCAAGAAGAGCAUGAAGACAGCGAGGAGCAAGAGAACGAAGAAAGAUGGGGCGGAGACGGACAACCUCCUCCCUCCCUCUUUCCUCGCUUCUACUCGGACAACGCUGAAACGGGGCUUAUCAUCGAACUGUCCUCAGCAGAUAGUGACGCCGAAGAGACCAUGUCAGAUCCCCCUUCCGAAAAUGAUGCCGAAGAGAACAUGUCAGACCCGUCUCCCUCCUCCUCCUCAUCCUCCUCACCAUCAGAAACCCCCCUCCAACCCAACCCUCAAGACGCAUACGCCCUCCCCUGGACCACCUCACCAUCCAACACCAGCACUACCACCAGCACCACCGGCACCCCCACAGACACAUCACCAGCCCCAAUACCCUUCCAACCAGAUCCUCACCUUCACCCUCACCCAACCACCCAGCACCACCUUCCACCACCAUCAUCAUCAUCACAAGCCACACCCCCCUUCACCCUCCUCACGGACCUCCACACGCACCUCACACACACCCCCCAACACCGCGCCUCGCACCUGCGCAACCUAGCCACCGAAAUCUCCAACACGAUGUACUUCGUCAACAGCCACACAAUCUCCGGGGACUUCAGCGCGGAGGACGCAGCCCCCGUAGACCGGGUGAUGCGAAUCGUGCGCGAAGGGGAGUUGAAGUUGCGGUACCAGGAGCGGUAUGAGCGGCAGAAGGGGAAACUGGUGAAGCGGGAGAGGAGGGUGGCGGAGCGGGAGGACCGGGUGAGUAAGAGGGAGGAGAUGGUGAGUCGGAGGGAGAUGGGGGUUGCGGGGUGGUGGGAGGUGUGGAGGGAGAGGGGAAGGGAGGUGUGGGAGGGGGUGGAAGGGGAGAUGAUGGGUACUAUGGAGGGGAAUGGGUAUAGGAGGAAUGGGAUGGAUACGUUGCAGAGGACGGUUAGGGUUACGAGGGAGGUGGUGAGGAGGAUGGAUCGGAUCGUUGAUGAGAGUGAGGUUAAUGGUGAUGGUGAUGGUAAUGUUGAAGGGGGUGUUGAGGUUAGAAGUGCACGAAAGGGAGGUGUUGAUCGGAUUGAGUAA